AUGAAAGCCAGUCAGCGUGCGGAGUCUGCGCAGCACUGUGGUGCUCAAACAAUGCCGAGAGCAAGGGCAAGCCCUUGGGGAUGGAACGCCGCCGCAGAGAAAGGCUGCGCCGGAGUCAAGCGUGACAUUGGUGCCAUACGGUCUUUCUUGAAAGAAUGGCUGCAGGAAAGUGGCUCCAAAGGGAAAAUAGACCGAGUGACUCUCCUCGAUGGUGAACAAGAGUGGCAAGCUUAUGGCCAUUGCGAGGCUGAGCCUGACUGUCCUCAGCGGUGGCGAUGGACAUGUCAAAACCAGUCGUGUGCCUGGGAGGUGCAAGGUGACCAUGGUGAUGAGGAGGCAUCAGAUGCCCGGCAACAAAAUGCUGCACGAGUGUCUUGCAUGGUGCCUAUGCAGGCGCUGGGCUGCGCGGCGAAAGCACAACUACUGUCAGAGAAGAUCCCAGCAGCACAAGUGCCAACCUUGAAAGAGCUCGAACUUGCACGGAGACGGCAUCAGAGCAAAAAGAAAGGAGGCCGCCCUGACUUCCAACUAGACUGCGCCGCGUCUUGGGAAAGCUUCGUCCAAGCGAAGUUACGCAGAAACCAGGAUGAGGUUGCGGCCUAUGAGUUCAAGUACAUCCGCCUUGUUGCUGAUGCACCUUUCAUUCCGCUCCAGAUGCUGGCAAACGCAGCAAGCCACACGCCCUGCGAAGGUAGCACCAUGAUGUGUUCCGACAACAUGCUGGCCAUGGCUAAGCAGCUUGUAGACCAUAAUGGACUCAGGGGAUCGGGCCAAGUGCAACUCUGCAUGGAUUGCACCUACAAGAUUUCGUGUUCAGGUUGGGGGCUUCUACUCUUGGCUGCGCCGAACAAGCAUUUGAGCGAGACGGGCCAUCCAGCAUCUGAGGCCGUGCUACUUGGGGCCUUCUGGGUGCCGAAAGAGGACAAGAAGAGCAUCGCAGCAGCCCUUAUCACCUACUUCAAGUACUUGGAUGAGAAAAAGGUGCGGCUUCUGCGACUGGUGACUAGCUUCCUGGUUGAUGGCCAUGAAGGUGCGAAAGCUGCAAUCCAACAGGCCAGGCUUCGGUUGAAAUCUAUUUCCUUCACUGUGCGACAAUAUGCCCCUGAGAAAAAUACGGAAGCCAUAAUCAACACCACCUACUCGGUGUUCCCAACAGUCGUGGUGAAGCUGGACCAGAGACAUGUCUUGGAAGCAGCUCGACGGCUGCCGAACAAGAUUUGCAACCACAGCAGGUACGCAGAGUACCUGAGCGGAGAGAUCUUCUUCUCGUCAUACCUGAGUACUGCGGUGCUGUUCCAUCUCUACUGGUCAGAGGUUCUUCAGCGGAUGAUUGAGGCGGGACGAUGGCGCCUGGUUGCAUACGUGAAAGACUAUGUGCUUCGCUGGGUGAACGGAUCGUGGACAGCACCUUGGCGAUGUGGUGUGGAUGUUCCCUGCAGAGUUAUUGGGUAUGGCGCUUCAACGUGCCAUCAAGCGUUGGAACGCUGCAACGGUGUCCUCAAAUCAAACCUUCCAGUGGGCUAUGAGAACAGAGGCUUGGGCACGGUGAGUGACCUGCUGGAAUGCAAAAAGGGCUUCGUGUGUGAAGCUGAUGAGACUAUCUCCAAAAGCUGGCAGUUCGAGCAGGCUUGGUCCAAACCGAAUCAGCUCUUCAUGUGCGGCAACAGUACGCAAGGUGAACGCUUGCCUUGGGAGGAUGAUGCUCAGCGUAAAACACCACCUGCUGUGAAGUUCCUGGACUCCAUGCCAGACAAUUAUGAGAUGACUGAGCAGGAGUACGAUUGGUUUGGUUGGCCUGUUGGAGCAGAUUACACCUUUUGUUGUGAUCACGCAACAUCAACAGUGGACAAGGAGACGCACACUGCUUUCAGUGCUGUGCUGGCUGCCACUGACACAGCAGCCUGCUUGGCGGCAUUGCAAAAGGCAGAGCUGGCAGAUUCAGAUGGCCGAGUCCACUUGACCAGGCUUCGAGCUACUUUCAGCCACCUGUGCAGUGUGAAAGCCUUGCAGCACAAGCAACAAGGUAUGACCUGUCUGUGCACAUGUCAGCUGUUCAGCAAAUGUGGCACUUGUCCACACACCGUUUUGGUGCAGUGGCUCCGCAAAGAACCUGACGUCACAUUGGCAGGGAUGGAAGCCAUGACAACCAAAAAGGGACCCACCACAUUUGCAGAGGCAGAUGAGCUUGUCAGGAACAAAAAGGCCGGCAGACCUCCAAGCAUGCCAGCCAAGGCAGCAUGGCAAACCAUGAAAGAAAUCCUCUACAGAGUGAAGCAAAGGGCAGAAAGCCGUAAACGCAAACAAGAUGAAAAGCGGAACGCUGUGUGGAACCUGUUUUUGCACGGCUUGGACCAUUUCGAUGACUCGGAGGAUGAAGACCUCAAGGGACAGAAAAGGACAAUCUUGUUAGCCAAGUUAGGCCGAAAGCUCACAGAGGGAAGCUUCAGUGAGCAAAUUUCAGCUGCCAUAGACUGUGGCAAUUUUACUCGUAAAGAGGCCCGUGAGGCCAACCUGCACACUGUGUGCUUCGGGCUGCACACACGUGGCUUGGCGCAGCCGCUCGCUGCGAUAAUCCUUUCCCUGCUCAAGAAGUGGGAUCACCGGUGA